CUCCCCAGCCCGGGUGGAGGCGCGUCCUGGGGGAUGGGGGGCGCAGCCCUCCUGCUCCUGCUCGCGGUGGCCGCGGCCCCGAGGGAGACCCGGGCGGGCUCCCACUCCCUGAGGUUUUUCUCCACCGCGAUGUCCCGGCCCGGCCUCGGGGAGCCCCGCUUCAUCUCCGUGGGCUACGUGGACGACACGCAGGUCGGGAGGUUCGACAGCGACUCUCCGGGCCAGAGCGCGGAGCCGCUGGCGCCCUGGGCGGGGCAGGUGGAGCAGGAGAAGCAGGAGGAGUGGGAGGAGGAGACGCGGAUCCUAAGGGACAGCGCACAGUGGUUCCGAGCGCAGCUGGACUCCCUGCGCGGCCUCUACAACCAGAGCGAGACCGGCUCUCACACCUUCCAGAACAUGUACGGCUGCGACAUGGGGCCCGACGGGCGCCUCCUCGGCUGGUAUGAGCAGUUCGCCUACGACGGCACCGAUUUCCUGGCCCUAAACCCGGACCUGCGCUCCUGGACCGCGGCGGACACGGCCGCUCAGAUCACCCGGCGCGAGUGGGAGGCCCAGGGUGAGGCAGAGAGAUUCAGGAACUUUGUGGAGGGCAGGUGCUUGAGGUGGCUGCUCAGAUUCCUGGAGUACGGGAAGGAGACUCUGCAGCGCACGGUGAAUUUUCUGAUUUACCACCUCAGAUCCCCAAAGACACGCAUGACCCACCACCCCUACAAUGACCAUGAGGUCACCCUGAGGUGCUGGGCACUGGGCUUCUACCCUGCGGAUAUCACCCUAACCUGGCAGCGAGAUGGGGAGGACCUGACCCAGGAGAUGGAGCUGGUGGAGACCAGGCCUGGGGGAGAUGGAACCUUCCAGAAGUGGGUGGCUGUGGUGGUGCCUUCUGGAGAGGAGCAGAGAUACACAUGCCACGUGCAGCAUGAGGGACUGCUGGAGCCCCAAGUCCUGAGAUGGGUGCCCCCUCAGUCCUUCAUGCCCACCGCAGGCAUCAUUGCUGGCCUGGUUCUCCUUGGAGCUGUUCUCACUGGAGCUGCAGUGGCUGCAGCUGUGAUGUGGAGGAAGAAACGCUCAGGAGGACAAGGAGGAAUCUACACUCAAGCUGCAGGUGUGUUUUGUUCUCAACCCGGCAGCAGCAGUGCCCAGGGCUCUGAUGUGUCUCUCAGCCCCUAAGAAUCUUUUACAAUGAACCUGAUGAGAUUCCUGUUCUGCACACCCUGGACAGCACCUGGUAUUGUUCAGCGUUUGCAUUUUCAGUCUCUCCUAGGUGUGAUGGUAUCACUGUUGUUCUUAACUGUGAUAUUGAGCAUCUGUUCAUAUUUUUACUUUUCUAUGACUAAAGUUGCUGUUUGUAAGGAAAUUUUGUACAUUUUUACAGAUGAGGUGCCAUUCAUUUAUUACAUUAUUUUUGUCCUUAUUAAAAUUGGGUUAUUUCUUUCUGAUCAUUGAGUUUUAGGCAUUAUUUGUAGAUACAAUCCUUUAUCAGAUUUGUGAUUUGCAAAUGUUUCCCCCCACUCUCUGACCUGAAAUCCUUUACUGAUGGGAAAACAAACACUAUUGCCCAGACAGGCGCAUGGAGAUAUAUUAGAAGAGCAAAGAUAAAUUGCUAACUGGUUUUGAGCAGACAUUGGCUGACUGGGGUCUUGGGGAUGGAGGGGAAUGACUUAUGUGUAUCCUUGAGUGUUAUUUAAAUGUCCUUGUAUGAGCAUGAAAUAUGCUUUCUAAAGUAAAUUACACUUUAUUCCUCAAUUUAUAAAACUCUUCAUACAUCAUGUCUAAAUCACAUGUUAAGACCAGACUGACAGGUCAAUUACAAGUGAUGGACCUGCAUGUCACAGUCACAAAGUCAUGAUUUCUCUCAGGGUUCACUCUGGUGUUGUCCAUUCUCAGGGUGUUGGACAAAUGUAUAAUGACCUGUGUCCACCAUGAGAAUAUCAUGCAGAGUGUUUUCACUGCCCAUAAUGCCUUCUGUGCUCCAAGGAAGCAAAAGCAAAAAGAAACCAAUAGAAUCACAUCAGACUAAAAAGCUUCCACAUAGUGAAGGAAACUAGCAUUAAAAUGACAAGACAAUAUCAAAUCGGAGAAACUAUUUGCACAUCAUCAAUCCAACAAGGAGUUAAUAUCCAAAAUCUACAAAGAACUCCAAAACAAGAAACAACUCAAAACGGGCAGAGGAGCUAAAUAGGUACUUUUUCUAAAGAAGACACACAUGUGGCCAAUAGGUACAUGGAUAAAUGCUGGUCAUGUGCGGUCAGGAAAAUGCCAAUUGAAACCAUAAUGACUUACCACCUCACACUGUGAGAAUGGCCCAUUGAAGGGUGUGGAAGAAAAGGAACUCUGGCACAUGGUGGGUGGGAAUGAUGUCUGAUCCUGUUAGUGGGCAGAAUGAGGGGUUCCCUGGGCCCUCAAAACCGCACACUCUAUAUGGGAUCUGCCAACAGCUGCAUAAAGACAAAACAUACUCUAAAGCAUAAGACCUUCAAUGGAAAAGAACUUUAAUAUAAUUACUAUAAAAUAGAGAAUCAGUGCAGUAGAGAGAGAGAAGAGAAAGAAUAUAGUUCGAAUAUUUCCCAAGUGAAGCACCCAAAGUUACCCGUCCCCUCAUGGGUAAAUGCCCAGCCAAACAGGCUUGGCCCAAAGCAGGCCCACUGGGGCCCGAAGGCCUGCCACAAGGCUAAGGCACCUACUGGUAGAGACCCAUGGGAAAGGGUCAGCCUCCCGAUGGGUCUCUCAUUCACGUUUUUGUCUUUCACGUGUCUCUUUCCAAGUCCCCAGCUCCCUGGCACAAGUCCAAGUGAGAAGCAAGUGUGGUUUCUUCUUCACCUGUCUCUCUGCUCCAUGCGCCUCCUCCAGUCCUUUCCUCAUCUCACUCCACGUCUUCCUCCUCUUCCUUAGCUUCUCGUCCCUGCUCAGCCCCACCUUUCCUUGGGCAGGGCGGUAACCUGGAACCUCUCUUUUCUAUGGAUAGCACAUUGGUCCUGCCCCUAUAGAAAAAAAAAAAAAUGAAGGUUCCUCAAAAUAGACCUGUCACAUGGUCAAGCAUCCCAUUCCUUGGUAUUUAUCCAAAGAAGGUAAAAACACUAAUUCCAAGGAAUAUGUGCCUCCUAUGGUCACUGCAGUGCUGUCUACCAUAACCAAGCGAUGAAGACAACCUUAGUGCCCAACGGCAAAUGAGGGGAUAAAGAACACAAGCUAUAUACACAAUGGAAUACUACUCGGCUGUGAAAAAGAUGAAAUAAUGGAUUUGCAACAACAUGGAUAGAUAUGAAUGGGAUUGUGCUAAAUGAAAUAAGUUUGAAGGGGAAAGUUAAGUACUGGAUGAUUUCAUAUUUGUAAUAUAAAGAAACAAAGCAGGGACAGAUGAAACUAAACCAAAACAUAUAUGACUGCAGAAUGGAAGUUAUGGGCUGGGGGUAAGAGUAGGAAACAAAGUAGGAAGAGGGCCCAAUGGACUAUGGUUAAGACUGUGGGUGCCGUUAGUGUGGGUGUGAUGUGGUAACAAACAUCUGAAGAGGUGUGACCCUCGCCUCAACACAUGCAGUGUUGUAAACCAAUGCUAACCUCAAUUGAAUAAUACAGUGAAGGUAAAAAGAAAUUGUCUCCUCCAUCAGUCACUGACCUCAGGACUUUGCCUUUACCUCCUCACUGUCAAGCAGGCUGAGGGGCUGGUUUCCCUCAAGGUCAGAGGCAGGAGGUGCAGGGACUCCUGGGGCUGCUCAAACACUGCUGAGUAGAGACACUACAGAGAGGGCGGCUGUGAGGGGAACCAGAGACAGAGGGUCAGAGUAACCUCAGUGCUGAGU